GUGUCAUUGUUUUCAUUAAUUUUUAUUUAUAGAUUUAAAAAACUUAAAUAAAUAAUGAAAGGUUUAAUAAUUUUAUAAAUGGAAACUAUUUAAUCAAUAAUGGAGGUUGACGAGGAAAUGCAAGAAAUCGGACAUACUUCUAAAAAAAUAGAAAAUAUUUCAAAAAAGGAAGGCAUACGGGAAGGUAUUUCUGCAGGUAGAGACAGUAAUUUCCAAGAAAGCUUUGAUAAAGGCUUCGAAGAAGGAUUUAAAAAUGGAUUUCUUUUAGGACAAUACAGAGGGAUUGUAAUGUCACAAUCUAGGCAGACUAAUGUUGAAGAAAAAGUACAUCCUGUUUUAGAAAAUAUAAGCCUUGGUUCAUGUGAGGUGUGUAAAAAUAAUGACAUAUCUAAAGAUGAAGACAACAUAGAUAAUAUUAUAGAAGUGCAAAGUAAAGCAUUUGAGGAAAAUAUUCAAAUAUUGAAAACAUUUUAUGGGGAUAUAACAAAAGGUGAUAACUAAAAUUAUUUAUAAAGACUAAAUGCAUUUUUAUAUUGUAAUAUAAUAUUAAAUA